AAACACAUCACUCAUUCCAUACCACAUAUUAUAUAUCUCUCUCAUGGCUGCCCCAAGCUCUGGUUUCAGAUUGAUUCUUGCAGCCCUUUUCCUGGUGGGGGCGUGGGCAUCUCAAGCCACUCCCACAACCCCACAAGAAAUUUCCAUGUUGAAGCGCCAUGACGAGUGGAUGGUUCGCUAUGGGCGUUCAUACAAAGAUGACACGGAGAAGGCAAAGCGAUUCAAAAUCUUCAAAGAAAACGUGGAGUUUAUUGAAUCGUUCAAUAAGGCUGGUACCGUGUCUUACAAACUCGGCAUUAAUCAAUUUUCUGAUUUAACAAAUGAGGAGUUUAUGUCCACCAUGUCUUGUGAUGAUAAUGCACCCCUACGCCCUAUGCCUUUAAAACCAGUUCCCUUUCCGAAUGUGAGUUUGGAUGAAUUUCCAGACCAUUUGGACUGGAGAGAGAAGGGUGCUGUGACUAAUAUCAAAGACCAAGGAACUUGCGGUAGUUGCUGGGCGUUUGCUGUGGUGGCGACCGUAGAAGGAAUACACAAAAUCAAAACAGGCCAAUUAAUUUCCUUAUCCGCACAGCAACUCGUCGACUGCGACCUCACAAAUAAAGGCUGCACGAGCGGAAAAAGACUAAAGGCGUUCCAAUACUUAAAGGACAGCGGCGGCCUCGUGACGGAGUCGGACUACCCAUACGAGGGUGUUCAGCGUAGUUGCAACACACAAAAGCUUCGAAACCCAGCUGCCACCAUUACACGCUACCAAAGCGUCGCCCCCAAUGAAAUAGCUCUCCAAACCGCCGUCACAAACCGGCCUGUCUCAGUCGGAGUCUUAAUAGACGAAGCAGUGUUCAAGAACUACCGGGUCGGAGUUUUCAGCGGCAUCAACGGCACCGGCAACUGUGGGUCUGGAGUCAUCCACGCUAUGACGGUCAUUGGGUACGGGACAAGCAGUGAAGGGGAGAAGUAUUGGUUGCUGAAGAAUUCAUGGGGAACCGGUUGGGGCGAGAAUGGUUAUAUGAGGAUGGCCAGAGGGAUCAAUGAUGCAGGAGUUUGUAGUGUUAACAAGUGGGCUUCUUACCCUACUGCUUAAAAUAUUAUAAGAAUUAUUAUUGUUACAAAUCCGUGGCUGUAACAAUUAAAAUUAUUAAUAUUUUUGAAGUACGUUCUGCAAAAAAUUCAUUACAAAUCCGUCUCUA